CUGUUCGAUUUGAGAAAGGCAUUCCCAUCCUUGAUGCUUUCGCCCGAUGACGUGAAGGGCCUUUGCCUGGUGCCACAGCAUAAUCGAAUCCGCUCAUUCAGAACAUUAUAGAUACAAAUCUAAUAAACAAAUCUGGCUGAUGUCUGGAACGCCAUCUGAUUGGUGGCACUUGUUACCAUGGUCCUGCGUAAAACAGAAGUUGUGAUUUAUUUACAGAGGCAAUUGCUUGCCUUUCCCACAUUUUCCUGCUAUCCUAAACAGCUUCAGACUGUUGCUGGCGACGGUAACGUUACUUUAUGGCUUUCUUCGGGAUAACGAAUUUGGGCUAUCAAAACCCCAUCGGAGACAAUAUGUUAUUGUGUCCGAGAUCGUCUGCUUCUCCCGGUGAUGAGGUGGAUUCAAGGAGCUGGGCUAAACAGUCAGGACUGCCCUCCAUCCAAGUCCAGAGGGGACCCCCAAAAUGCACUGACACUGGCAGUAUCUACAACCAGCCUUCUCCCUUCAGCCAAGACAUACACCAAGGGAGCCAGGGGCGAUACAGAGAGAUGCUCAAACGGGUUCAGAUACCAAGAUCCCCGAAUCAGCUGUACUCCGUGCCCCUGACAGACAGCCAUCAGUGUGGAUGGUGGAUGUCUAAUGGAGGCCAAGGAAAGAUGCAUGAACCCUGGACCCAAGUCAGACGAUUCCCCCGCAAGAACAGUGAGAUGACCAAGUUUGUGAAAGAGAUGUCAAUGACGGACCGAGAGUUCAGCUUAUUCUGAUUUCCACUCCUGCAGUAACAUACACACACACACAAUCCCAUCCAAAGACCUCUGGGACCUUUACACUGUAAGGACUAUUGUGGUUUAAUAAACUGAGACAUUUUCAUCAUAGCAUGUUAUUUAUUUUUGUGAGCUACUGUAUCAGGUUGUCAAAUGACCUCUGCCUUUUCACUGGUAAAAUUGAGCUGUUACCUCUCUCUAGAGGAAUACAAUUGUAAUGCCCAUGAGGAAAUAAGAGUAUUUUGUUUCAGUAAUUAGUUAUUGUUACUCAGUAAGGUCAUUCAUUCGACCUUGGGGAUAGUAACUGACUAUCUCGGAUCAGAUACGAUAUUAUGACUGAAAAGUGUCUAGCCAAAUAUUUGAUACGGCAUGUUUGUAUAUUUAGUAAAGCUUGUAUUUGGCAUACUUUCAGUACAUUAACUAAAUCAAUCAAAUUAUAACACGAGGAAAACAUUUACUUAUCUUUAAAGUUUUUCUAAAUAAGCUAACAUUACAGUAUCAUUAAUAACAUAUGAGGUCAAAGGAAUAUCCAGAUAUCACUUGCUUUCUGUCAGUACACUUUUGGGCAGCAUAACCAGUUAUCCAUCACAUUUACCCCAUCCCCACCCUAACUCCUCCCUCAUCUUGUAGGCUCCUUCCCUGUGCUCGUGUACUGUAUGCAGUGUGCUUUAACUUGCUUGUCCCUUCCCAAUAUGCGUGUGUAAACUCCUGGAGUUUCAAUGUAAAUGUAAUGAUCUGUGAGAGAGGCACUCUACCUGAGAAACAAUGCUGUUUCUGAUUACAGGGUCAUUGAGUGAGUCAGUCAGCACUGAGCACACACACCAGUCUCAAUGGC